AUGGAUGAUACCACGGUUGAACGAAGCCCCUCCCACAGAGAGAGGCACAGGAAGUCAGUACGGGAACACUUCCUGGCAGCCUGCAAGGCCGGGGCACGAGCAGAGAGACUACCCUCCUCCUGUCUGAAGAGCUCAGCAGCAGAGAGACUACCUUCUUCCUGUCUGAACAGCAGAGAGACUACCCUCCUCCUGUCUGAAGAGCUCAGCAGCAGAGAGACUACCCUCCUCCUGUCUGAAGAGCUGAGCAGCAGAGAGACUACCUUCUUCCUGUCUGAACAGCUCAGCAGCAGAGAGACUACCCUCCUCCUGUCUGAAGAGCUCAGCAGCAGAGAGACUACCUUCUUCCUGUCUGAAGAGCUCAGCAGCAGAGAGACUACCUUCCUCCUGUCUGAACAGCUCAGCAGCAGAGAGACUACCCUCCUCCUGUCCGAAGAGCUGAGCAGCAGAGAGACUACCUUCUUCCUGUCUGAAGAGCUCAGCAGCAGAGAGACUACCUUCUUCCUGUCUGAACAGCUCAGCAGCAGAGAGACUACCCUCCUGUCUGAAGAGCUCAGCAGCAGAGAGACUACCUUCUUCCUGUCUGAACAGCUCAGCAGCAGAGAGACUACCCUCCUCCUGUCCGAAGAGCUGAGCAGCAGAGAGACAACCCUCUUCCUGUCUGAAGAGCUCAGCAGCAGAGAGACUACCUUCUUCCUGUCUGAAGAGCUCAGCAGCAGAGAGACUACCCUCCUCCUGUCCGAAGAGCUGAGCAGCAGAGAGACUACCCUCCUCCUGUCUGAAGAGCUCAGCAACAGAGAGACUACCCUCCUCCUGUCUGAAGAGCUCAGCAGCAGAGAGACUACCCUCCUCCUGUCUGAAGAGCUCAGCAGCAGAGAGACUACCCUCUUCCUGUCUGAAGAGCUGAGCAGCAGAGAGACUACCCUCCUCCUGUCUGAAGAGCUCAGCAGCAGAGAGACUACCCUCCUCCUGUCUGAAGAGCUCAGCAGCAGAGGGACUACCCUCCUCCUGUCCGAAGAGCUGAGCAGCAGAGAGACUACCUUCUUCCUGUCUGAAGAGCUCAGCAGCAGAGAGACUACCCUCCUCCUGUCUGAACAGCUCAGCAGCAGAGAGACUACCUUCUUCCUGUCUGAAGAGCUCAGCAACAGAGAGACUACCCUCCUCCUGUCUGAAGAGCUCAGCAGCAGAGAGACUACCUUCUUCCUGUCUGAAGAGCUGAGCAGCAGAGAGACUACCCUCCUCCUGUCUGAAGAGCUCAGCAGCAGAGAGACUACCCUCCUCCUGUCUGAAGAGCUCAGCAGCAGAGAGACUACCCUCUUCCUGUCUGAAGAGCUGAGCAGCAGAGAGACUACCCUCCUCCUGUCUGAAGAGCUCAGCAGCAGAGAGACUACCUUCUUCCUGUCUGAAGAGCUCAGCAGCAGAGAGACUACCCUCCUGUCUCAUGAGGGAUUUUUGCACGUUAUUCUUGGCUUAAGUUGUGUGGUUCCAUUUUGAAGAAGAAAAAAGAAUCCCUAAUGUUUUUUUCAGCCUAGUAACAUGCUGGAUGAAAGAGACUGCAGGCUUAACGCCUAGACUCCUUAUCCGCACAACUUCGAACAACGCAGAGAACAUAGAUACUUGGGGGAACGCAAGACUGAAAAGGACAGAAACAAUGCACUGACCUUGUUUAAUCUGUUUUAAGAUGUUAUUUUUCUUGGUCACAUUUCCUUAAUGACGUGUAGACUGGACUUGAAAGCAGCAGCACACUCUCCAUUCAAAAGCUAUUUUUCGAUAUCUCCUCAGUUGGCUUCCUUUUUACUUGACUAGAUUCUGUCUUUUGAUUUAGUUCCAAACUUAGAAUGCCUUCGAUCCAAUCAUAUGUUCCUUUGUGUUGAUGUUGCACUGUGUUCUGGAGUAGAGGAGACUCAGGCCAGCACUUGCAACUCAAGUAGAGCAUUAGAUGCAGAGACUUGUGAGUGUAUGUGUAUGCGUGCAUUUGGAACAUAUUAGAAUGCCCAUCCUCAGUGUCUCCCCGUCCCUCUACUCACAGCACAGAGCGACGCAGGCUUACAUACUGGCAAAAACCACUGUAAUAGGUGGUCUUCUCACUUGGCAACAAAAAACAAGACGUUUUAAUUGCACUGUUUGAAAUAGUAAAAGGAGGAUUUCUCAUAUUUUAAAAUAGUAUAUUACCAAAACAAGAGAGAAGAGAAAUACACGGAGCAGCAAGGUAGCUUCCGAAGAGCAACAACAUUCCAUUUUGUCCAUGCUACACUUGCCGACUUCAUUCACCAACUACUUCAUUUUCCAGACCAGUGAAGACUGAAAUGCUAGAUUUAUAUAUAUAUAUAAAAAGUAAGAGUACAUGGUAUGAUCUGCUUCUAAAAAUGGGGCAGAUGCAAACCCAGCCUGGCAAACUGCUGGGGAAUAAUGGAGGCUGGAGGGAGGAGCUAUAGGAGGACGGGCUCAUUGUAAUAGCUGGAAUGGAAUUAAUGGAAGGGUAUCAAACAUGGAAACCACAUGUUUGACUCCGUUCCUUUAUUCCAUUCCAGACAUUAUAAUAAGCCCCUCCUAUAGUUCCUCCCACCAGCCUCCACUAUAUUAGAUGUUGCUAAAGCUCCACUCAAACUGGUCAGAACAAAUAGUGGUAGGUUGACACGAGUAAUACAUUGGUUUUCAAACUCAUUCAACACCUAGACCAGCUAGAGUGGAGCUCUGGCAUUGUCUUAAAGAGGCACUUUUUGAUAAUAAAAAAAAAACUAACUAGCAUUGAUGGUGGGAGGUCUGUAAAAAGUCUGGUAACCACAUAAUACUUUCUGAUGAGAAAUGUAGUCAAAAAGUGUUGUGAUGGACAUGAAUGCAUUAUUUAAUCUUCUAAGAUUAGAAGUUUUUAAGUUUACAGUUUUGAAUUAGUUGACACAAGUUUGUAUGUUAUGUUUUUGUGCUCUGUUAAGAUCCAGCUAGCAAAUAUAAGAAUACUGCUUACAGUAAUAGACAACAAACUAGGAAUUAAAGUGAUCUUAUCUUAGUGGCCUUGACACAGAACUGACCUAAUUAUGAUGCUUCAUUAUCGAGUGUCUAAACAAUUUACAACCUUACUCUUUUUUCUCUUUUCUGUGUCUGUAUGUAUUAGUCAUUUGAAGUUUUUCAAAGGGACAUAAAGGGAAGAAAAAAAUUGUCCUUAAAAGAAAGUGUAAAAAAAAAGAAAAGAAGACGAUCCCUGGAUGAGCCUUUUUGAUUGUGCAUUUGUCUGAAUAUCUUUACUGAUGACUUGGCUAGAUAAUGUACUAGGGUAUUGAUGGUUUGUUUUCCAGUCAGACAACCCCAUUUAGUUAAGUUCUACUCACCUCUCAGCUUCAUGGAACAGCUGUGGAUCAGCAACCCUCCCUCCCCCCCGAGAAUGAAUUAGCUAAGAAGUGGAAUAUAUUGAUAUUCAAAGAUAAAAUCCCUCUCCUCACUUAUUUUUGUGUUGUUUUUUUUUUGUUGCUUUGAUUUUAUCUUAGGGAAUCUGUAUCAAGUUAAAAGAAAAAUGAAUACGCUUAAAUCUAUUUCAGGUUGGUCAAUUCUAUAGUUCGUUGUUCGGUGUAGUCAGUGUAGUCCAGUGUUAAAAGCUAAAUUCCUGACUUAUUGAAGUGAGGAAUCAAAAUGCUAAAAAUGGGAGAGUGGAUCUAAAAUGUUUUAGAAACAAAGUGCAAUAUUACUCAUUUGAAUGUGAUUUAGUCUCUAUUUGUAAAUCUAUUUUCUCCUUUGUCUUUAGAGUUUGUUGUGCAUGAUCAUCUAUAGAUAUUGUAUGAAUAUCCUGAAUGAUUGUAACCAUUUUGUCUAGUUAUUCUUUUGAGUUUAAUAAACUUUUGUAAAAAAUUA